AUGAUAGAUUACGCUUGUGUUGUGAGCCGUGGUGGCGUUGUGCUCUGGAAUCAGCACUUCGACCACGGCUUCGAUGGCCACGACAGACAGCCUAACGGCGAAGGUCUUAACAAGCUGAUCAGCAGCGUUCUGUUAGAGGAGCGAGGCGCUACUCAGCAGGCCAGCAUAGAUUGCGUCAGCUUCCGCUGGAAGGCGCUGCACUCGAUUGAUGCAGUUAUGUACAUUAUGUAUCAAGGCAUCCAGAGUUCCCAAAACAUAGGAAAUUUACUGGAUACCGCCGCCGACAUCUUCGUGGCGCAUGUGCGGAGGCACCACAAGAACCCGUCGUCAAUCAACUGGAUCACCGACACUCUGGGUUUCGAGUUCGAUGACGAGUUCAGCCAGCUACUGUACAAGAUAGGUUUGAGCGCGAGCAAGCCUGCAACGACGGAGACAACGGACAACACCCCGCAACGUGCCGCAAAUGGCAAGAGGGAUCAGUCCAAGAAACCGGGUAAAACCGGGCGUGAUUGGGGGAUAAGGCAAACGGUUUCGAAGCGAGAAAUGGACGCGCUCGAUUUCUCAACUGACAAGGAAUCGCGGUCGGGCCAUAAGCCGUCGACCGCCGAAAGUGCUGCCACACCUCAACCUGAAGCGGCCGUUGAUCCUUCAACAAAAGGUGGCAUAUUCCGCAGCGUGCGUAAGUCGCUGGGACGGAUUUUCGGGCGCGGCAGGAGCGAUGUGACUCCGAAGCCCAGCACCGACGAGGGCUCCAACGGCCCCAGCGUGCUGGACAAUUUCGCCAAAAUGGUACUGAAAUACGCGGGGAACAUGGUACUGACGCCUGAGGCCAUAGAAGAACCGCUGAAGGAGCUGAAGCUUAAGCUGAACGCGAAAAACGUUGCCAACGACAUUUCCACCAUGAUCUGCGACUCCAUCUCGGCGGGCCUGGUUGGUAAGAAGACGGCGUCGCUGAAGUCGGUCGCCGCCACCGUGCGCGAGGCGCUUGAGGCGUCUGUUCGGAGGAUUCUCACGCCAAAGGAACCGAUCAAUCUGCUGCGCAAUGUCUCCGAAGCCAACGCACGUGACGAGGUGUACUCCGUGCUGUUCCUUGGAGUGAACGGGGUGGGCAAGUCGACUAGCCUGGCCAAGGUUACUUACCUGCUGAAGUGCAACGGGUUCAAGGUACUCCUUAUCGCGUGCGACACUUUCCGUUCGGGCGCUGUGGAGCAGCUCAAGAUUCAUGCGGACAAGCUGGGCGUGGAGCUCUUUGAGCGCGGCUACGGCAAGGAUCCAUCGGCCAUCUGUCGUGAGGGUAUGAAGUAUGCUCGUGCGGGUGGAUUCAACGUGGUGCUGAUCGACACCGCCGGGCGUAUGCAGGACAACGAGCCGCUGAUGGCGGCCCUGUCUAAGUUGAUCCACGUGAACAACCCCGACCUGCUGCUCUUUGUGGGUGAGGCCCUGGUGGGCAACGACGCGGUGGACCAGCUUCGCAAGUUCAACCAGGCGAUCCAGCGCAUGGGCGAGUCAAGCGACGAGUUGCGCGGCCGGAAGAUCGACGGCAUCAUUCUCACCAAGUUCGACACCGUGGACGACAAGGUCGGCGCUGCCCUCUCGAUGUGCUACAUCACGGGGCAGCCCAUCGUAUUCGUGGGCACUGGGCAGACGUACACGAAUCUUAACAAGCUGGAAAUCAACGACGUUGUGAAGUCGCUGACCAGCUGA